GUGAAAAGCUGACCGACGUAAGUUAAUUUUUACGGAUAAGGCCGGAGUGAGGACAGAAACCUGCCAAAAUGCCGGCGGUGUCGAAAGGAGAUGGAAUGCGCGGAUUAGCUGUUUUCAUUUCGGACAUUAGAAAUUGUAAGAGCAAGGAAGCCGAGAUCAAACGCAUCAAUAAAGAGCUGGCCAACAUUCGCUCCAAGUUUAAAGGGGACAAGGCUCUGGAUGGCUACAGCAAGAAGAAGUAUGUCUGCAAGCUGCUCUUCAUCUUCCUGCUCGGCCAUGACAUCGACUUUGGACACAUGGAGGCAGUCAACCUGCUGAGCUCCAACAAAUACACAGAAAAACAGAUUGGCUACCUGUUCAUCUCAGUGCUGGUAAACAGCAACAGUGAGCUGAUCCGUCUGAUCAACAACGCUAUCAAGAAUGACCUGUCCAGCCGCAACCCCACCUUCAUGUGCCUGGCACUUCACUGUAUCGCGAACGUGGGAAGCCGCGAGAUGGCGGAGGCCUUUGCCAGUGAGAUCCCUCGGAUCCUGGUUGCUGGUGAUACGAUGGACAGUGUGAAACAGUCAGCUGCCCUGUGUCUGCUGCGGCUCUAUAAGACCUCUCCAGACUUGGUGCUGAUGGGUGAGUGGACGUCACGUGUGGUUCACCUGCUCAACGACCAACACAUGGGUGUGGUGACAGCAGCAAUCUCUCUCAUCACCUGUCUGAGCCAGAAGAAUCCAGAUGAGUUCAAGACCUGUGUUUCCCUGGCCGUUUCCAGACUCAGCAGGAUUGUGUCGUCGGCCUCCACUGACCUACAGGAUUACACCUACUACUUUGUCCCGGCACCGUGGCUUUCCUGCAAGCUGCUGCGCCUUCUGCAGUGCUAUCCUCCACCAGAAGAUGGCGCUGUCAAGGGCCGUCUGGUAGAGUGUCUGGAGACUAUCCUCAAUAAGGCUCAGGAGCCACCCAAGUCCAAGAAGGUGCAGCACUCCAAUGCCAAGAAUGCUAUCUUGUUUGAGGCUAUCUCACUUAUCAUCCACUAUGACAGUGAGCCAAACCUGCUGGUGCGAGCCUGUAACCAGCUGGGCCAGUUCCUGCAGCACAGAGAGACUAACCUGCGCUACCUGGCUCUGGAGAGCAUGUGUACUCUGGCCAGCUCUGAGUUUUCCCAUGAAGCCGUCAAGACACACAUCGAGACCGUCAUCAACGCCCUUAAGACUGAGAGGGAUGUGAGUGUCCGUCAGAGGGCAGCUGAUCUGCUGUAUGCCAUGUGUGAUCGCAGCAAUGCCAAGCAGAUCGUGGCCGAGAUGCUCAGCUACCUUGAGACAGCGGACUAUUCCAUCAGAGAGGAGAUGGUGCUGAAAGUGGCCAUACUUGCAGAGAAGUAUGCCGUGGAUUACUCUUGGUACGUGGACACUAUUCUCAACCUCAUCCGCAUUGCUGGCGACUACGUCAGUGAAGAGGUGUGGUAUCGCGUCAUUCAGAUCGUCAUCAACCGAGAUGAUGUCCAGGGCUACGCCGCCAAGACGGUCUUUGAGGCCUUGCAGGCCCCUGCCUGCCAUGAGAACAUGGUGAAGGUUGGAGGCUAUAUUCUGGGAGAGUUUGGUAACCUCAUUGCUGGUGACCCACGCUCUAGCCCCCUGGUCCAGUUCAACCUUCUCCACUCCAAGUUCCAUCUGUGCUCCGUGCCGACUCGUGCCCUGCUGCUUUCAGCCUACAUCAAGUUUAUCAACCUGUUCCCAGAGACCAAGGCCACCAUCCAAGAGGUGCUGCGCUGCGACAGCCAGAUCCGCAACUCAGACGUGGAGCUGCAGCAGCGAGCUGUCGAGUAUCUGAAGCUUUCUUCCAUCGCUAGCACUGAUGUCCUGGCCACUGUCCUGGAGGAGAUGCCUCCCUUCCCAGAGAGGGAGUCGUCAAUCCUGGCUAAGCUGAAGAAGAAGAAGGGGCCCGGUGCUGUGUCUGUGACAGAGCUGGAAGAUAGCAAAAGGGAGGGCGGGGAGUUGAAUGGAGGGGGUGACCGGGGGCCAGACACAGCCGCCAUGGCUGCCUCCAACGCUUCCACCCCGUCACCGUCAGCAGAUCUCCUCGGAAUUCGUUCUGCUGCUCCCGUUGGUGCUGCUCCGACCACCGCUGCCAGCCUAUUGGUGGAUGUGUUCUCUGAGGCAGGGCCUGCCGCACCUUCUGCUGCUGUGAAUGACGACGGCUUCUUAAGAGAUCUGGAACAGCCCACCGAGACCUCUGAUUCCCUAUUGGUGGAGGGUUCUGGUGACUCGGACUCUGCUCCUCCCUCUGAGGAUCCUGCUCCUCCUCUGUCUGAAGCAGACGAACUUCUCAACAAGUUUGUGUGCAAGAACAACGGGGUUCUGUUUGAAAAUCAGCUGCUACAGAUUGGCAUCAAGUCGGAGUAUCGUCAGAAUCUGGGGAGAAUGUACUUAUUCUACGGUAACAAGACGUCAGUGCAGUUUGCCAGCUUCACCACCACAGUCAGCUGUCCUGGGGAGCUGCAGUCUCAGCUCAACGUUCAGACCAAGCCAGUGGAACCGCUGGUAGAGGGUGGAGCCCAGAUCCAACAAGUCCUCAACAUCGAGUGUCUGACUGACUUCUCUGAUGCCCCGCUGCUCAACAUCAAGUUCAGAUAUGGUGGAGCUCUGCAGAACCUGACCCUCAAGCUGCCAGUGACCAUCAACAAAUUCUUCCAGCCAACUGAGAUGUCCUCACAUGACUUCUUCCAGCGCUGGAAACAGCUUAGCCAGCCUCAGCAAGAAGCACAAAAGAUAUUCAAAGCCAACCACAGCAUGGACACCGAAGUACUAAAGGCCAAGCUACUGGGACUAGGAUCGGCCCUGCUGGACAACGUUGAUCCGAACCCAGAGAACUACGUGUGUGCUGGAGUGAUCCAGACCAAGAGCCAGCAGGUUGGCUGUCUGCUAAGACUGGAGCCAAAUGCCCAGGCACAGAUGUACCGUCUGACUCUGCGCUGCAGCAAGGACUCCGUAUCCAGGCGUCUCUGCGAGCUGCUGGCCCAACAGUUCUAGAGUCCAGACCUGUACCGUGACCAGUACUCCCACCACCCCCACCAGCGACUUCUUCCUUCGAGCCCUCCUGCCACAUCUCUCCUCCUCCCUCCAACAAAAAAUCUUUGAGUAAAAAAAAGGUGUAACCUACAUAAGGGAAAAAGCAGCCACUGCUAGCAGCAGCGGCAAUAUUAUUGUCAUUAUUCUUGUCCCAGAUUCUGAUUCCAGUUCAUCUUCUACUUGUUUAUUAACAUAAUGCUCUUGUUUUUGUUGGUGUUUACCUGUGUAGCUGGUGCGUGUGUGGCCAGAGUGUGUGUGUGUGUGUGUGUAUUUGUGUCCCAUGGUUGUACUGGGGUCCCAUUCUGCCCCAUCCUGACUGCUCUGUAGUACUGAUUCUAUGAGUGUGUGUGUGUGUGUGUGUGUGUGUGUGACAUUUCAUUUGAAUUGGUAAAACAGUCCUUAAGUGGGUAAAAUGGGUGAACCUGUUCAUCACCCACAUGCACUCAUCCCCUCCCUACACACACACACACACACACACACACACACACACACUAGUAUAAGGCCUCCAUGAUUUGUUGUGGUUUUGGUGGGACCCACUAAUGAAGUGAGACCUGAGGGUCCAGCAUUCUGACUCGGCCUCUUCUGCCCACUCAUUUCCAUCAAGCAUUCCCAGUGGAAAUGCACUUAAGGCGUUGGGAUCCUCUUUGAGACCCUCAAGCAUGAGCCCCCUUACUUUUCCUCUCAAUGACCUGAUUCCUCUCCUGAAGCCCUGUAGCCCUUCAUUUCAGUGAACUAGUACAUGUUUAUGUUAUUGAUGUGUAUGUAUGUGCCAGUGUAUUACUUUAUUUCUUUCUGAGACAUUCCCGUCAUGCUGGUUUAGAACGCCUGUUAUUAUCUAACCCGAGCCGCCCGAGUAGAAGGAUGGCACAGAAUGGACGCUAUGUAGACGACGGGCACAGGGACGACACUUGCAGUGUUAAAACAGUCUUUUAGACCCUUUUGAGCCUGUCUCAUCCCCUGCCUGGGAGAUAGCUCCAGGUGCUUACGUUUGGAAAAGCUUAGGGAAGCGUCUGUUAUUGGAGGUGGGGAAGGUUAUCAGAUGUACACUAGGCAAGCAAACCGCAAAGUUCUCGUCACUGUAGUCUUUUCUCUUAAAACUGACUGCUGAUAAAACGUAAAUCUCACCUUUGUGCGGCUUGUCCUAGUAGGUCUCCAGUGCAUCACACAGAGGUGAGAUGUGUGCUUUACUGUUAGCAUUUUCCAGCAGCAUGCUUUGGUUUUACAAGAGAGAAGACUUCAGUGACGAGGACUAACUGGUUAUUUGGCAAAUGUCUGUCUCUCUGGUUAAGUUCCCCAGCUCUGUGAAAGAGCAGGGCACAGCUGCUUUCCUGAGCUUUUCAAUGGGAAGCACCUGAGACUGAGGAUGAGACAGACAGAUGACUACAUCUUAGAGCCAUCAUGGCUGCAGAGGAAGCUGGUACUGGCUUGGGUUGCUGCGCCAGUGUCUAUAUGGAGUCCUGUUGAUUAGUACAGCCUUAGCUGUGAUCAAAUAGGUGCACCAUCAGCAUCUAAAGGAUAUAAGCGUUUUGUAGUCAGGCAGUGAAGCUCUGAACAGAUGCUGAAUCAGCACCAACAUAGGUAUGAGCUCGUUCCAUCCCAGGCUGGACAGAGAGAUCGGUCUGAUAUACGUAUGUGCACAUUCAUAUUCCUGCUUCUCCAGCCAAGCAUUUAUAGAAGGGAUCAAUGCCAACAAAUCUGAUGUGCACACAACCACUACAGUAAAUGUUUAGAGAACAGUGAUGUUCAGCAACCUCAAAAUGUUUAGAUCCAUGCUUCCCCAUCUUUCUAACUCUUCCCGAGCUUCCUCCCAUGCACAAACACUGAUGUUGUGGGAGAGGACAGGAUGUAAGACACCCAGAUGUCCAUUACAACUACAGGGGACUCGGUAUAUGUGUGUGAAUGUGAGUGUGGCUGUAAGCAGGUAAGAAAAGAAAAAAGCCUAAAGACAUUUCUAAUACAUGGUCACAUUACAUUCUGUGGCUGCGCAGCAAUCACAGGACAUGGAGCGUUGUAGUGGAAAAUGUAGUCAUUCUGUGAGUGUGUGUGUAUGUGAGUUUGUGUGUGUGUGUGUGUGUCUAUGCAGUAUCCACUAGCUAAUGCAGCCUCAUGUAUCGGUGUUAAGAACCUGUCCAAUACCUGUGUUAGAAUUAAGAUUUACUCUAAUGAAAAAAAAUGUGAAAGUAAAACUAUGCCAUAUAUCCGA